UCGGCCGUGGGUAACGACUACCAGGCAGAAGUACAGAAACAUUCCUCCCAGAAAGACUACGCAAAGGGAUUCGGCGGUCGUUAUGGCGUUCAAACCGAUCGGCAGGAUAAAAGCGCUGUCGGUUACGAUGAUCGCGAGGAACUAGCCAAGCACUCCUCUCAAAAGGACUAUUCCUACGGUUUUGGCGGAAAGUACGGCGUACAGAAGGACAGAAAGGAUGUCAGUUCCUUUGAUUAUACUGACAAGGAGGAGUCGGUGCCACACGAAUCUCAACAAACAAAAGCGCCCGCCUCUGGCGGUACCAGCGCUGCUGCCCUGCGAGCCAAGUUUGAGGCCAUGAUGCAGGAGAAUUCGAAACCGGUUGAACGUCCAGCCCGACCAGUCGGACGAAUGCCAAAGGAUGUCUGGAAACCACCGGCAGCAGCACAAGCGGAACCGGUUAAGUCGACGCCGAAACCCAUUGUCAUUCCGAAGGCCGUGGAAGAACCGGCGCCGCAGCCGAAGAAGGAAGCUACUCCACCGCCUCCUCCUGCGGAAGAACCAACUCCCAAGGAACAGCUGACUCCAGAGGAACACCCAGCUCCCAAAGAAGAACCGGAACCGAAACCAGAACCACCAACCGCCGAAUCGGUAUGUUAA